AUGGAAAUUCAUCCCCCCCCCACUGCUGCCUGGUGGGGCGGAUGGUGGGAAAGACUUGUUCGAGUAGUCAAAGAACUCCUUAGGAGAACAUUGGGCAGAGCUGUUCUUACCUAUGAAGAACUGGAAACAGUUAUGUGCGAAUGUGAAAGGGUAGUAAAUUCGCGACCCUUGACAUAUUUGUCCGAAGAUACAGAAGACUUAGUUUCACUUACACCUGCCAUGUUUUUGACCGAUAGAUCCAAUUUAGAUGUAACUGAUAUAGACACAGUAGACACCAAUCAUCUCAGGAAAAGAAUCAGAUUUCGUGCAAAAUUAAUGGAAGAUCUCCGAGUACGUUUUCGAAAGGAAUACUUAGGACUACUUAUUCAGAAACGACAGCAAAAUUCACACUUUCCAAAUAUUCGAGUGAAUGACGUUGUGUUGAUAGGAGAUGAUAUCAAAAAGAGAUUGAAUUGGCCUUUAGCCAGGGUUACGGAACUGAUUCCAGGAAAGGACGGUAAAGUGAGAACAGUUAGAUUAAGAACGCAAACUAACAAUUUAGUACGUCCGAUACAACGAGUGUUUCCCCUAGAAAUCCAAGAUGAUGAUUUGUCAGGUUCAUGUCAUCCAAGUGAUCCUCAAAAACAUCAAUCUGCUGUAAAGUCUUCAGAUUCUCAUCGUGGAGACGACAUGAGUACCUCUCAUCAUUCAGAAAUUUCUGGGUCACCCCUGAUCUCCGGACCCCACUGA